AUGCAUAGGAUGCGGCUCCACCUGCUUCUGGUUCUCGCCACGCAGCGCAGCGACUGCCUCCGACCUCGACUCCCGCCGAGGCCGAGCCCGCCACGCCGAGACCGAUUGCCGGUGCCUCGCCUAACCUCGGUGCCCAAGCCGGGCGCGAAGCCCUGUGGCGACGACCUCGACCGCAGAAUCGCGUCGCUGGCGGGACCGGCGGUGCUCUCCUUCCUCAUCCUUCCGAUUGCGCAGGCCACCGAUCUCUUCUGGGUCGGAAGAAUGGGAGAGGCUCUCGCGCUCGCAGGCCAGGCGGCGGCAAGCCAGCUGUACUCGACGCUCAGCUUUUUAACAUCGACGCUGCCGACGAUCACCGCGAUUGGCGAGGCGCUGGCGCUCUCUUGCGCGCUCGCGCUGGUGCUCGGCGCUGUGCUGUGGCGCUUUCAGCGGCCCGCGCUGCUCUACCUCGGCAACCCGAACGCGCUGCCGUGGGCGCUCGGCUACUCGGCAGGCGAGAGCAUCCGCCGACUGCCGGGCGUGCUUGCCGAGGCGGUCGGGCUGAUCGGGUACGCGGCCUUUCGCGGGGCGAUGGACACGGUCACACCGCUCAAGAUCACCGCGGCCUCCAGCGCGGCGAACGUCCUGCUCGACCCGCUACUCAUCUUCAGCGCACGCCUCGGCGUCGCCGGCGCCGGCCUCGCCACCAGCGCCUCGCAGCGCGUGCAGAGCCUCGACUCUUCGGGGGUCGCCUCCAUCAUCGUCCCCGCCGAGCUGAGCUCCUCCAAAGGCGCCGAGGCGACCGCCGCCGCACGCGCUGCCGCGUCGCGCCUCCUCUGCUGGGGCGUCGUCCUCGGCGCUCUGCUCGGCGCCGUGCGGCGGGCGGCCGUCGCGCCGUCGGUGCUCGGCGCGGUACUGCAGCUCUUCAACGGCGUCACUUUCAUCGGCGAGGGCGUGAUGGUUGGGACGCAGUCCUUCUCCGCUCUCGCCGCCGGGCAGGUGGUCGCCACGGCCGCCCUCCUCGCCGGCUUGCGCCGCGCCCACUCCCUCACCGCGGUUUGGUGGUGCUUCUGGCUUUUCAACGGCGUGCCGCUCCCAAACGCCCGCUCGCGGGCGAGCCGCCCCACGGGCUGA